CUCACAUACACGUUACAAGCAAUGUCUCUAUGGAUAAAACCGCCAAGUACGCGACGGGCAUUCGUAGAAUUUUGGAAAUAUUGUGUCACAUUCGAGUGAUCCUUGAUGCCAACACGUCUGUACAGUGCCUCCUAUCUGUGGCAUCGUGUGAGCCCUGCUUUUCCUGUUAUCGCGGCCGUCCUGGUAAUCUACGACUUUGCAACUCUGUUUAAGGCAUCCAUGACCGAUCCGGGAUACAUCCCUCGAGAACGGGAGGAUGAUUCGGAUGAUAUGGCCCCUCUAUAUCGAGCGCUGCAAAUAGGCUCUCAGACAGUCCAGUGCAAAUGGUGUAAUACUUGCAAUUUCUAUCGGCCGCCUCGAGCAGUACACUGUUCAGUUUGCGACAACUGUGUUGAGAAUUUUGACCACCACUGCCCCUGGGUGGGCAAUUGCAUAGCCAAACGCAACUACGGGGUCUUCGUUACAUGGCUCUUUCUAUCCGUGGUAUACGCUUUCUAUAUCGCUGCUCUGUGUGCGGUGAAGAUAAACGACAAAUAUUCCUCGGCCGGCGAACCUGGCGUGCAUGAUCUCUUCAGCGAGAACUGGGCCGAAUGGACAAUUAUUUUCUACAUAGCUGUCCUUAUGAUCCCAGUAGGGGGGCUAGCUUGUCUCCACAUCACACUCCUAUACCGAGGCUUGACCACGAACGAAAUGAUCAACGGAAAGUACGAUAAGAGGAGUCCGUAUGAUCGUGGUGCUUGCGGCAAUCUCGUCUACAUACUAUGUGGACCGCGACAACCCAGUUUUGUGAGACCCAGGAAAAAAAGGGUUGUUCAAGCGGACGGUAAGGUUAAGUGGAUUCGCUCAGAGUAUCCGCCAGUCCCCGCCACCGUCAUGCCUAGGUCCGUGCAUGUAUGGCGCCACGGUACUUCUGUGGAGGAGGAUGACGUACCCACUAGCAUAUGCAUGCAAGAAAUACCACCUGAGACGCCGACUUAAAUUCGAACCGAAAUAAAUUAGUACAAACGAGCGUGUCUGUGGACAACGGCACAAUCGCCUUUCGCUCGAGUCGGUUGAUGCACUCACUAGUCUAUGCAUGCAGGAAUUGCCACCCGGGCAAUCGAGUUAGAUUAGAUCCGAAUCCAACUAUAUUUGUAUCGCGCGGUAUACGGGUAUUCGUUUCUUUCUGUCCACAAUAGUUCGUUUCUCGAGGAGGAGGAUGUACCUACUAGCGUUGCUUCAAAAAUUGCCAGUUGAGCCACCGAACUAAAAUAGAUUCG